AUGAUACAAAUUUUACUAUUCUACAUUAUUGUAGUGAAAACAUAAAAAUUACUUAAAUCUUUAGAACUCAAUGUAAAUAAUAACAUUUCAGGAAUAAUCAAUGUAGAAAAGAAUGAUGAGAAUUUAUUAGUAGUUUUUUAUUUUGAUAAUGCUUAUUUCCCUAUAGCAUUUGUUUCUAGGGAAGAAAUUCUUGAUACAGACUUUAAUACAACAAUAAAGCCAAUUUUUAUUGAAAGUAAAAAAGUUGUUUUAUUUGAUUAUGAAUCAAUAUAAACUCAUUAUCAUACACAUAUGAUCGAAUUAUCAUAUACGGAGAGCAUAUAUUAUUAUGCUAGAAAUAGGUAUGGACCAUUUAAACUAAAAAUAUAAGCAUAUUCAAAACCUUAUUCUACAUGCAUUAACGAUUGCUAAGGAUUUUAAAUUAGUAAGAUAAAACAAAAUUCUACAUGCAAUUCGAAAUGUGAAUGUGAUAAUGGAUACUUUGGAUCAUUUUGCCAGUUUGAAUUGAUAAAUAUAGAGAUAGAUAUAAAUUAUAAGAUUCAUUUAAUACCUCAUUAAGUUGUUUAUUUAUCAUUAAAAUUUUAAGAAGAAGUUAUUCUAAUUGCAAAUGAUGUCACUGACCCAAUAAGUAAAAAAUCAUUAAAUUUUUUAGCUGUUAACUUUGGAUCUCUAGGGUAUAAAGGUUUCGAGAUACCUGACCAAACAUCUUAUACAGCUAUACUCCAUAGUCAGUUAAGCCUCACUAAAUUAAUUUAGAAUUUAAAAUUACAAUUUAAAGAUGCUUAAAUUUUGAUCAUAGGAUUAUAAUGUAGGACUGAUUAGACUAUAAGUAUUACUCUAAAAUAAGAAGAAACUUCUUCAUUUUGGAGUGGAAAUUCUAUGUUUGUUGCCAUUGCAUCUUGUAAUAUUAUUAUUAUGAUAUUUUGUUUUGGAAUCACUAAUGUAUGUAAACAGAAAACUAUUACAAUAAAAAAAAGGAGAAAAAUCAAAGUUAUAUCUCCUUAAAUAGACGAAAACCCAAAACAUUUUUCAGGUUCAUUUUUCAACAAACAUUUUGAGAUCUAUGAUUAUGAAGAUUUCAUUUAAAUAUAUCCUCAAUUUAACUCAAACACUUAAUGUGUAGUUUGUCUGGAAAAUUUAAAUCAAAAAGAAAUUGGUAUAACCCCUUGUGGACAUAUAUUUCAUCAUUUAUGUUUAAAGAAAUGGUUAAUGAAAAUUAUUAAUUGUCCUUCUUGCAGAUUUCAAAUUUCUUAUUAAUAAGUAAUUGAAGGAGGUUGGCUAGGAAGUAAAAUUUUAUAAAAUCCAAAUUAACAAAAUUUUAAAUCUUAAUUAAUUAUAAAUCUAAGCAAUUCCUUAAUUGAAAAUAUUGAAUAUGCUGAAAAUAGUUAAAUUGUUGAAAAAGUUGAGGAAAAUGGAGAAAUAUGA